AUGUCGGAAUUUCUAGAAAUUGCUUUGAGUCUUUUUCUCUUCUUCUUCUUUUUACCCAACGGAAACAAGAAAUCGGAAGGGAAUUUAUCUAUCAUUCCGUUCAAUAUCUAUCUAUCUAUCUAUCUAUCUAUCUAUCUAUCUAUCUAUCUAUCUUGUUCAAUAUCUAUCAAUCUAUCUAUCAUCUUCAAUAUCUAUCUUUCUAUAUAUCUAUCAUCUUCAAUAUCUAUCCAUCCAUCUAUCCAUCCAUCAUGUUCGAUAUCUAUCUAUCUAUCUAUAUAUCUUGUUCAAUAUCUAUCAAUCUAUCUAUCAUCUUCAAUAUCUAUCUUUCUAUAUAUCUAUCAUCUUCAAUAUCUAUCCAUCCAUCUAUCCAUCCAUCAUGUUCGAUAUCUAUCUAUCUAUCUAUCUAUCUAUCUAUCUAUCUAUCUAUCUAUCUAUCUAUCUAUCAUGUUCAAUAUCUAUCUUUCUAUAUAUCUAUCAUGUUCAAUAUCUAUCCAUCCAUCCAUCAUGUUCGAUAUCUAUCUAUCUAUCUAUCUAUCUAUCUAUCUAUCUAUCUAUCUAUCUAUCUAUCUAUCUAGUUCAGUAUCUAUCACGUUCAAUAUCUAUCUAUCUAUCUAUCUAUCUAUCUAUCUAUCUAUCUAUCUAGUUCGGUAUCUAUCUAUCUAUUCAGUAUCUAUCACGUUCAAUAUCUAUCUAUCUAUCUAUCUAUCUAUCUAUCUAUCUAUCUAUCUAUCUAUCACGUUCAAUAUCUAUCUAUCUAUCUAUCUAUCUAUCUAUCUAUCUAUCACGUUCAAUAUCUAUCUAUCUAUCUAUCUAUCUAUCUUUUUCAAUAUAUAUCAAUCUAUCAUCUUCAAUAUCUAUCUUUCUAUAUAUCUAUCAUGUUCAAUAUCUAUCCAUCCAUCAUGUUCGAUAUCUAUCUAUCUAUCUAUCUAUCUAUCUAUCUAUCUAGUUCAGUAUCUAUCACGUUCAAUAUCUAUCUAUCAUGUUCAAUAUCUAUCUAUCUAUCUAUCUAUCUAUCUAUCUAUCUAUCUAUCUAUCUAUCUAUCUAUUGUUCAAUAUCUAUCAUAUUCAAAAACUAUCUAUCAUGUUCAAUAUAUAUCUAUUCAUCUAUCUAUCAAUCUGUCAUGUUUAAUAUCUAUCAUAUUCAAUAUUUAUUAA